GUGUUGCAUCUGACACUGUGACGUCGAUACGCAGCGCCUCCCCCCCCCAAGCGCGGGGCCCGGGGCAGUCGCUCCGUGCCCUGGUUAGGAAGCUUGUGAGUUGGGUGGUCGUGGAUGGAUGGGUUCACUGGGCUGCCUCCUGUCCUUUCCCCUCGGCUGCAGCUCCUCCACACGGCUACACGAUGCGGAAGAGCUGCAGCCAGGGGGGGUGGGCGGUUGAGAUAAUAGAGUGGUCGUGAGUCGGUGGUUGUGAGUGGUUGUAAGUUAAUCGUAUGGGUGGUUGAGACAGGUUAGUGACGUCAGAUGAUCGCGGCGAAGCAGGUGGCGGCGUGUAUCUGCCGUGGUCAAUGCACACCGCGCUAUUAACCGGGGCGGUUCGCCGGAUUCGAACCGCGAACCUCAGCAGGCAUGCGCCCGCUGGUGUACUCGGAGGUGGCGGCGAGGUCCGGGGCUCCGGGCUGGUGCCGGACUGGACACCACAUCCGCUACGGACCCUGGAGCAACCCCAGCCGCAAUCCGCUACUCCCCGCCGGGGUGCAGUUCUACUGCCUCGACUUCCUCAUGGAGUUUGCGCACGCGGGCGACACGUGCUACCUGGCGCACUGCUACCCCUACUCCUUCUCCGAGCUGCAGGCGCACGUGCGGGCGCUGCUGGCGCACCCUCGGCGCGCCGCGCGCCUCCGCCGCGACUCGCUGUGCUGCACGCGCGCCGGCAACAGCUGCUUCCUGCUCACCGUCACCGACUUCCCGCCCGACUCGGCUCAGGAUGACCGCACGGAGGAGCACGCCGGGAAGCUGGGAGUGGUGCUCACGGCGAGGGUGCACCCCGGGGAGAGCCAGGCGAGUUGGAUCAUGAAGGGAGCCCUCGACUUCCUCACCUCCGACGAACCCAGCGCCCAGGAGCUUCGGCGCAAGGUGGUGUUCAAGAUCGUGCCCAUGUUGAACCCCGACGGCGUUAUCGUGGGGAACUACAGGUGUUCGCUGUCGGCCCGCGACCUCAACCGCAACUACCGGCACCCGGACAAGGACGAGUUCCCCACGGUGUGGCACACCAAGCAGAUGGUGGAGCAGUUCCAGAAGGACCGGCCGGUGAUCCUCUACUGCGACCUGCACGGCCACAGCCGCAAGCACAACGUCUUCAUGUACGGCUGCAGCUCGCGACAGCCACGCGGCGCCGCCAGUGCGGCGCUCUUCCUCCGCGAGCGACUCUUCCCCUGGCUCAUGGCGCGCAGGGCCCCGGGUCGCUUCGACUGGCGCAGCUGCAAGUUUCGCAUCCGGCAGGGGAAGGAGUCGACGGGACGCGCCGUGAUGUUCCGCGCCAUGGGCAUCACCAACGCCUUCACCCUCGAGGCGUCGUUCGCCGGCUCGCGGGGACUGAGCGCAAGGAGCAGCGCCAGGGGCAGCAGCUACGACGUGAGCGACUUCCUCUCGAUGGGCCGCAGCUUCUGCGAGUGCGUGCUGGACUACGUGGGCACGCGCGAGGACCCACGGAAGCUCGCGGAGGCCACGGUGACCCUGACGGACGCCCUCGUGAGUCAGGCCACGGAGAGGGGCUGCUACGGCCCCGAGGGCCCGGCCGCCCCGCGGCAGCGAGAGAGGACGCCCCGGGCGACGGAGGAGGCGCGGGGCUCACCGCCCGCCCAAGCGAGCGACUCGGAGCGGAGCGAGACUUCGGACACGGAGAGCGCGCGGAGAGAAGCCGACGGCAUCGACGACGCCGGCGGCGACGAUCGGACUCCCGCACGACCGCACGACCCCCGACGCAUGCAGGUGCCCCCCCCCUCGCACAGAUGCCGCCGGUGACCUCCGGUCAGCAUCGCAUCCACGGAUCCGUAGGGGUGCCCACUGAGAUUUUUGUCCCCACGGUGCCCAGUUUCUGGAGUUGCCUGCCCCCUUGGAGGUUGCCUGCCCCCAGUGUCUAGUUUGUUGUCCUUGCA